AUGGCGGCUGAAAUGUACUGGAAGUAUCCAAAAGAGAAGAUCGUCGGGUUUUACCGAGCGUUCCGACCGACGCUUGUGGUGAGGGAUCCCGAAAUUGUGAAACGAAUUUUGACGACUGACUUCAUUCACUUUUAUUCGCGUGGUAUAAACGUACACAAGAAAAUCAUUGAACCGAUGCUGCGUAAUCUGUUCUUCGCGGACGGUGACGUCUGGCGGCUGCUGCGACAGCGCAUGACCCCGGCGUUCACCAGCGGCAAGCUGAAGGCAGACUCGCUUAACGACGAAAAUUCAGCAUUCAGGCAGUUAGGAGCAAAGGUGUUCACACCCACCGCAAAGAAGCUUGUAAUUGGUAUGCUUAAACUUAUAUUCCCUGAACUAUUUAAAUAUGCCAAAACACAAGGGGAAGUGGAGGCCGACAUCGUUCCUCUUGUAAAGGAAAUCCUGAAGCAAAGGAAUUAUCAACCAUCGGGCCGAAACGACAUUAUAGACCUGCUGCUAGAAUGCAAAGCCAAAGGUACAAUCGUGGGAGAGUCUAUACAGCACUUCAAACCUGAUGAAACGCCUGAAAUCGUAAAACUGGAGUUGGACGACUUCUUGGCUAAACAUGGCAACAAAAUGAGUUACGACGCAAUUAAGGAAAUGACGUAUCUGGAGUGCGCGUUCAAAGAGGGCAUGAGGAUGUUCCCUUCCUUAGGCUUCUUAAUUCGUCAAUGCGUUAGCAAAUAUACGAUUCCUGAGAUUGAAGUGACAAUCGACCCCGGGGUUCAAAUUUUAAUUCCUAUACAAGCGUUGCAAAAUGAUCCGCAAUACUUCGCCAAUCCCGAGCAGUUCCGGCCGGAGAGGUUUCUUCCCGAAGAAUUUGAUUCUCACAAUAAAUACGUAUACUUGCCAUUUGGCCUCGGACCUCGCGCUUGCAUCGGUGAACAACUGGGCUUGAUGCAGUCGCUGGCGGGACUGGCGGCCGUACUGUGCUGCUGCUCCGUGGAGCCCGGUCCCACCACGAUACGCAACCCCAAGAUAGACCCACGAAGCGGCAUCGUGCAAUCCAUCAAAGGCGGUUUACCUCUAUUGUUUCGUAAGAGGGAAAUCAAAAAUUAA